AUGGCAGUAGAAGUGGGAGUCUUGACAACGAGAGCAAUGGAAGAUAUGUUCAUACCCAUAUUGCGAAAUUGCGUGAACAUAAGAUACUUGAAGAAAAUACAUGCCCAAAUGGUGAAGUUCUCGCUAUCUCAAAGCAACUUCUUAGUGACAAAAAUGGUGGAUAUAUGUGAUCAGAGCGGGGAAAUAGACUAUGCAAGCUUGCUAUUCAAACAAUUGGCUGAGCCAAAUAAUUUCGUGUACAAUGCUGUGAUUAGAACAUAUACACAUAACCACAUGUAUGAAGUGACAAUCAAUGUGUAUAAGCAAAUGCUGAGACACCCACAAGGUGAAGAGCCUAUUUUUCCUGACAGAUAUACAUACCCAUUUGUUAUUAGGUCCUGUGGAGGACUUUUGUGUGUUGAUCUGGGUAAGCAAAUUCAUGGGCAUGCCUGUAAAUUCGGUUUGAAAUCUAGUACUGUGAUUGAGAAUUCACUGUUGGAUAUGUACGUGAAGUGUGGUACUUUGAAUGAUGGACAUAAGUUGUUUGAUGAAAUGAGUGAGAGGGAUGUGAUUGCUUGGAACAGUCUGAUUUCUGGACAUAUAAAAGUGGGGCAGAUGAGAAGGGCAAGAGCAAUCUUUGAAGAAAUGCCAAAUAAGACUAUUGUUUCAUGGACGGCGAUGAUAUCUGGAUACACCAGAAUUGGGUGCUAUGCUGAUGCAUUGGAUGUUUUCUGGAAGAUGCAAAUGGUUGGUGUUAAGCCUGAUUGGAUUAGCCUAACCACUGUUUUGUCGGCGUGUGCGCAGUUGGGAGCCCUCGAGGUAGGAAAGUGGAUUCAUUUUUAUGCGGACAAGAAUGGGUUUCUGAAGAAGAAUUGUGUAUGCAAUGCUUUGAUUGAAAUGUAUGCCAAAUGUGGAAGCAUAAAACAAGCUUGGCAGUUGUUUAAUCAGAUGUCUGAAAGGGAUGUGAUUUCUUGGAGUACAAUGAUUGGAGGGCUAGCGCACCAUGGGAAAGCUCUCGAGGCAAUUGAAUUGUUUCGAGAGAUGCAGAUGGCCAAGGUUGAUCCAAACGAGAUCACUUUUGUUGGUCUUUUAUCUGCUUGUGCACAUGCAGGAUUGUUAGAUGAGGGACUAUGGCACUUCGAUUCUAUGAGGGAUGACUACAGUAUCGAGCCAAGUAUUGAGCAUUAUGGUUGUCUAAUUGAUCUUCUUGGACGAACUGGGUGUCUGGAUCGGGCUCUAGAAUUCAUAAAGAGCAUGCCAAUGAAGCCAGAUUCAGCGAUUUGGGGUUCUUUGUUGAGUUCAUGCCGGACUCACCGCAAUCUUGAGAUUGCUGUUACUGCAAUGGAACAUCUGCUAGAACUUGAACCAGAUGACACAGGAAACUAUGUGUUACUUGCAAACAUUUAUGCAGAUCUAGGAAAGUGGGCUAGCGUUUCAAGGAUGAGGAAAUUCAUUAGAAGUAAGAGCAUGAAGAAAACACCUGGAUGCAGUCUGAUUGAGGUCAACAAUGUCGUACAAGAAUUCAGAUCCAGUGAUGAUUCAAAACCAUUUUUCAAAUAUAUUUAUCUGACGCUGGAAAUGCUGGCUUUGCAUCAGAGUAAGUCCAGUGAUUUCAUUGACACCAUGCCCGAGUAG